UUCAGCAGUAAAGAAUAAAAGGCCACAGCAUCCAGCAGCAGCACUGACUUGCUUCUGAUGCUUCUGUGGUCACCUGUAAGCUCCACGACUUGACAUCAUGGUGCAUUUUACUGCCGAGGAGAAGGCUGCUAUCACUGGCCUGUGGGGCAAAGUCAAUGUGGAAGAGGCUGGAGGCGAGGCUCUGGGCAGGCUCCUGGUUGUCUACCCCUGGACCCAGAGGUUUUUUGACAGCUUUGGGAAUCUGUCCUCUGCCUCUGCCAUAAUGGGAAACCCCAAGGUCAAGGCCCAUGGCAAGAAGGUGCUGACCUCCUUUGGAGAAGCUAUUAAGAAUUUGGACAACCUCAAAGGUGCCUUUGCUAAGCUGAGUGAGUUGCACUGUGACAAGUUGCAUGUGGAUCCUGAGAACUUCAGGCUCCUAGGCAACGUGAUUGUGAUUAUUCUGGCUACUCACUUUGGCAGAGAAUUCACCCCUGACGUCCAGGCUGCCUGGCAGAAGCUGGUGUCUGGUGUUGCCACUGCUCUGGCCCACAAAUACCACUGAAUCCUCUUUUCAAUUCACCAUUUUGUGUCCCCAGCACCUUCCUUCUGCCCAUGGGGACUGGGGUUUGGCCUUGAGGACCCAGCUUCUGUUUAAUAAAGUACAUUCUAUUCAGUGAUCAAAAAUUAA